AUGUGGGUAUUGGGGGUGGGAGCAACCGGUGCGGCCCCAGAACGCCUGGGCGCCGGGCACUGUUUGGAAUGCGCCCGCUGUGACGGGCAGACCGUGGAACAUGUUUUCAUUGGAAACCUGGCCAUUGCACAGACUCCAACGGUCGUGGGGACAGAGGGUGGCGAGGGAAGGGGGCAGCAAGCAAGGUCGCGGAUGGAGCUGUUCCAGUCACCGACUGAGUACACGGUGCGGGGCGCCGACAGCUGCCUGUCCUGCAGUCGCUCCAGCGGCAGCAUGGAGAUCAAGGCAGCCUCCGACGUGGACUUGUCCAGAGCUGUCUGUCUCGGUCUGGUGGAAGGAGUUGUUGGGAAGUUUCAGUUUCACCCAGAGUUAGAAUGUUUCCUGGUCCUCGUUCAACGUAAAGGCCUUGUGGGCACGGUUCUCGGGGAACAUGAGAUGUACAAGAUCACCAAAGUGGCCGUGAUACCGUUGACUGAUGCCGAACCUCAGGACCUGAAGCUGGAGUUUUGCAAGAUGCACAUGCAGUUUGCAGGUGAAGCGACUGUCCCCGUCACCCAGAAAAAAUCGCUGGUGGAGGCAGGUGCUAAACGGCAGAUCAGCGAUGAGGAGAAGCUGGAGAAGCGGCUGUUGGAGGAGCUGGUCAAACUGUUCACCGACUCUGACGCAUUCUACUUCAGCCGGACCUACGACAUCACGAACAGCGCCCAGCGGCAGUGGCAGCGGCAAGGCAUCAACUACGAAGACGGUUUGCCGGCAAAGGUGAAGAUCGAUGACAGAUUUUUCUGGAACAAGUACAUGAUUCGAGACUUGCUCGAAAAACAGAGCGCGAUGUCGGAUGAGUGGAUCAUCCCCAUCAUCCAGGGCUUCGUGCAGGUGAAGGAGAUCCACGUCAGCCACUCCAAGUACAAGGGCGAGAACGCCUGCGACGAAUGUGUGGUGAGCGAGGACAUGCCAAAGGCUCCGGGGGGGAAGUUCCUGUUCGUCCUUAUCUCCAGGAGAAGCAGGUACAGAGGAGGGAUGCGAUACAAACGCAGAGGCAUCGACUGCGGCGGGAACGUGGCCAAUUACGUGGAGACCGAGCAGCUGAUCUUCAGGGGGAGCGACGUCUUAUCCUUCGUCCAGAUUCGAGGGUCUAUUCCCGUGUUCUGGAGCCAGGAGGGCUAUCGGUAUAAACCCCUUCCCAAGCUCCACAAGACCGAUGCAGAGAACACACAAGCUUUUCAGAGCCACUUCAUGGAACAGUUCAAGAUUUACAAUAAAGGGGUUAUCAUCAAUCUUGUGAAACAGACGGGGCCAGAGAAGUUGAUUAGCGACGCCUACCGGAGGCAGGUUGAGAUUUUCAAUGACCCGCGUCUCAUCUAUGUGUCCUUUGAUUUCCACCAUCAAUGCCAGGGCCGGCGGUUUGAAAACGUGGAGCUCCUGACUGAAGGAAUUAGCAACAUCAUCAGCGAUCAGCAAUGGUUCAGCGCGCACAACGGCGUGGUGAUGAUGGAGCAGGAGGGAGUGCUUCGCACCAACUGCAUGGACAGCCUAGAUCGCACCAACGUCGUGCAGGCCGCCAUUUCCCGCCACAUCCUGGAGCAACAGCUGAAGAUGCUCAACCUCCUCCCCGCGCAGUGCCGCCUCUCCCACAAGAGUCUCAAAACGUUCCAGAACAUGUGGGCGAAUAACGGCGACGCCAUCAGCAGGCAGUACGCGGGCACGGCCGCCAUGAAGAGUGACUUCACUCGAACUGGAGAGAGUAAAUUUGCGGGGGCAAUGAAAGAUGGUUAUCGAUCGGCCAACAGAUAUUACCUCCACCACUUCCGACACGCGUACAGGCAGACUGUGAUCGAUCUGAUGCACGGGGCUCGAUUGACCAUAAACAUCCAGGCGCUGAUCGGAAAGCAGAAGCCCGCAAGAGCUUUGCUCGUUAAGGAACAGCAGAAACUAAAGAAGCAGGAGAUCGAAGCUUUAGUCAGCCGAUUUAGUACACUCCUGUUACCACUGACCGAGACGUUCUUGGGAGGCUGGCUGUUUGUUAGCUCUGUGGUCAUUCGAAGGGCCAGACGAGCGAUCACAGGAACAGAACUGCCGAUCAAUGCGGAGAGGAGAUCCACUAGACAUUUCAUGGAAGGCGUCUGGACCAUACUGAUCUCCUUCAUUCAGCUCCUCAUGGCCGGGGUCAAGUCCAUCGUCAAUACCAAGGAGCGAGCUAAGACAUCUCCCCGCAUCGUGACGCCCCCGCCACGCAAAGGCACCCCUCGCAUCUCGGAGCCGUGCGAGCCGGUGUUGAGGCGAACUUUCCGCGACCAGAUACUGUCCAUCUACCAGCCGAGGGACGGCCAGGCGAAGCUGCAGGUGUCCCACGCCAGGCGCGUCUCGGCCACCAGCUCCGCCAGUUCGCAGUCGCAGGAGGACGAGAACAGGCCCCCUCCGCCAGCCGUUGCCCCCGGCCAGCGCUCCUCGCCCUCGCCCUCGCCCACCCCCGGGCGCAGCGACCCCCAGCCCCGGCUGCAGCCCAACCGCCCGGGCAAGCUCGGCGUCUCGCAUCGCCAAGCUAAGAAGCGGCGGAGUUUGCAUGACGACUCCCAGGACUCUUCCAGGUGCUCAACGCCGCCUCUCCCCGGUGCUGUCUACCCGUUGGCCACGGAAGGCAACAGCAACGACAAGCCCGACAAGUGA